CUUUUUUAUAAAGUCGACCCACCCUCACCUAAUGUCAAAAGAACCCGCCGCAGGGGGAGAUACAGAGAGGAGGGUUCCUUCGUGAAAGAGAACCCAAACCCAAGCAGAGAGAACACCACACCACGGUUCCCUCGCCAGGGCGUCCAUCCGCAACGAUCCGCAGCCAUGGCGAUGGCUUACAAGAUGGCGACGGAGGGUAUGGACGUGAAGGAGGAGUGCCAGCGCUGGUUCAUGGAGAUGAAGUGGAAGAAGGUGCACCGCUUCGUGGUGUUCAAGAUCGACGAGCGGUCGCGCGCCGUGCUGGUGGACAAGGUGGGCGGCCCCGGGGAAGGGUACGAGGAGCUCGUCGCCGCGCUGCCCGGCGACGACUGCCGCUACGCCGUCUUCGACUUCGACUUCGUCACCGUCGACAACUGCCAGAAGAGCAAGAUCUUCUUCAUCGCCUGGUCACCGGCGGCGUCGAGGAUCAGGGCCAAGAUCCUGUACGCGACGUCGAAGCAAGGCCUGCGGCGGCUACUGGACGGGGUCCACUACGAGGUGCAGGCCACCGACCCCUCCGAGAUGGGCUUCGACGUCAUCAGAGGCCGCGCGCAAUGAGGCCCGCGCUGCGCUCUGCUCUACUACUACCUGUGCGUGUGCGUGUGUGAUCGGCCGGAUGCUAAUUGGCGUUGGUGUGCUCCCGUAGCGAUAGCAGCGUCGAUGAUGCCAAUCUGACGAGGCUUUCGCGUGUGUUUUGCUUUGGUAUUUUCGGUUUUGUUUGGAGAGAUGAUUAGAUGAUGCAGGCGUGGUGUGUGUGUGUGCUGAUGUUGGUGGGUGGAGUAGAAGCUGAAGGAGUGGCAGCAGCGGAUUAAUGAAACGUCCAUCUCUGCGACGUAGAAUUCCACUGAACAAUGCUCCAGUGUACUGUACCAUAAGCUGCUUCAGAUUUGAUCGCGUUUCUCUCCGACGGUGGAGAAAACACCUUUCUGUUAAGGAUGGGGAUGACCCUCUAAAUGAGGAAAUAAAUUAUUUUUUUAGUUCAUUAAACUAGACUAGAGAAGAACCGCGGAUACCUAUCUAGAGCACCGUCCCAUCUUUACUUUCUAUGUACAAUUCAGAGCAAAGCUGUUCUGCGCUUCCAUUUUUUGUUCAAAAGAAUGUCAAGUUUGCGUUCAAAGUUUCAUACAACGAGUAGGUAAAGUAGUAGGGAGGUGCCAGCCUCAAUUUUCUGAAGUAUGCAGAGAAUCUGCUCUACAACCCUCUUCUGCGAUGAUUCAAAGGAUGCGAUGUAGAUGCUGGGACAAGAUCACAAGAGCAAGAGUGUUCAGAUGUGAAGAGAACAGUGAACACGCAGUUAAUCUCAAGGGUCGCAAUCAGUGGCGGAGGGCUCGGUAGGGCAAGGUAGGGCACUCGCCCUACCUUGACUCCGCCGUGGAUCCCCACCCCCAAGCUAAUCUGGCCGCCAUGGAUGCCUGGUUGAAGGUCUUAGUGCUGCUGUGUGCUGUCGAACGUCCGCAGGAUGAAGAUGACCAAAUGUAUAUGUCUGAUGAAUCGUUACUUGGCCUUGGGUCUUUGGGCUUUGAUGCUUGCUUUAGUGCUUUAUGCCUGCCUUGUGGACGUGUGGGCUUGUGGCUUAUGGUCUUGUGGGCCGUGUAACAUAUUGGGCCACCGGCCACAUAACAUAUUGGAUUGGGACUCGUCAGUUUGUUUCCAAAGAUCAACAACGACGCAUUGCUUUCGGCCGCCGGCGCUCCAAAUUUCCAUCGCGAUUCCACGACUCUGUCAAUUCGGCUGUUCGUGUUCGGAACUUUGGCCGUGCGGCGAUCGCGCUCGCCAGUCGCCAAUUAGCUCACCAGUUAGAUCGCGCUCGGCAGAUCCGCGUUGUUACAUUUUGAAGCACAGGAAAUUAUGGAAGAUGACUACGACUCAGAUGAGUUUGAACAAGCUGUUGCUGCAGUUGAAGAGGAGAUAGAAAACAAAAUAGCAGCACCACAAAUUGAAGAGGAGAUUGAAACUGAUGGAGAAGGUAUUAUAACCCAGUUUAAUCCAGAUCACAUUAUCACUGAUCCAGGGCUUCGUAUACCAAUUGAUCGGUUUUCUAUCGAUAUUAGAUCUGAGGUUAGAAGGGCUUUCAUAGAUAAGGGUCUAACUCAACCAAUGGGUUACAAUUUCCCUAAAACAAAUAAGAAAAGGUGCUUUCAGAAAAGUUGGUUCAAGCAACAUCCUUGGCUUGAAUACAGUGUGGAGAAGGAUAGGCCUAUUAUUUUUAUUGUUAUCUUUUCAAGCAUGAUCGAAUGGAUGACAAAUUUGGAUAUAAUGUCUUUACAACAUUGGGGUUUAAUAAUUGGAAGAAUGCAUAUUUGUCGCUUCCAAAACAUGAUGGAAUAAUCCACAAUCAGUGUAGGACAGCAUAUGAAGAUUUCAAAAAUCAAAGAACAAGUGUGAAACAUAAGGUUGACAGACAUACAAAAGAUGCACUAGUCAAAUAUGAAACUCAGUUGGAUACAUUAUUGGGUAUUGUGAGUUUGCUCACAUUGCAAGGUGAACCAUUCCGUGGACAUGAUGAGUCCCUUGUUUCUUUGAAUAAGGGAAAUUUUCUAGAGUUUCUUGAUUGGUACAAAGAAAGGAAUGAACAAGUGAGGCUUGCAUUUGAUGAGACAUGUCCCAAAAAUGCCAAGAUGACUUCCCCAACAAUUCAAAAAGAACUUGCAGAAUGUUGUGCAAUUGAGGUCACCAAAGCAAUAAAGGAAGAGAUGGCAGGUUGUCUUUUCUCCAUUCUUAUAGAUGAAUCUCGUGAUAUAUCUGUCAAAGAACAAAUGGCUGUGGUUGUGAGGUUUGUGAACAAGAAAGGACAGGUGAUUGAAAGAUUUUUAGGUAUUAAGCAUGUGAAGGAGACAACCUCACAAGCACUGAAAACAACAAUUGUUGAAGUACUUGGUGAGCAUGGGCUACACAUUGCAAAUCUACGAGGGCAAGGGUGAUGGUGCUUCUAAUAUGAGAGGAGAAUUUAAUGGCCUUGAGAAGCUUAUUCGUGAUGAGAACCCAUAUGCUUUUUAUGUCCAUUGCUUUGCUCAUCAAUUACAGUUGGUAGUUGUUUCUAUCUCAAGAUGUUGUUCAUCUAUUGAGGAUUUCUUUGAAUAUGUGACCCUGAUUGUGAAUAACACAACAUCAUCUUGCAAGAGGAAGGAUGUAUUGCUAGAUAAGCAACGUGAAAAUCUUUUAGGUAAGUUGGGCAGUGGAGAGAUUUCCUCAGGCAGAGGGAAAAAUCAAGCAACAUCCUUGGCUAGACCUGGAGAUACAAGAUGGGGUUCUCAUUAUAAGACAUUACUUCGUAUUGAAUCAAUGUGGGAUUCAGUAAUUGAAGUUCUACAAAUUGUGCAUGAAGAUGAGCGUAAUCCAAGUAGGGCAGGAGGUUUAGUGCAAAUCAUGGAGUCAUUUAGCUUUGUGGUCAUCAUGAAGAUGAUGUUGCAAAUCCUUCGCAUCACAAAUGAGCUCUCUCUUGUCUUGCAAAGGAAGGAUCAAAAUAUUGUUCAAGCCAUGUCUUUGGUUGUUGAUGUGAAAACACGUUUGAUGAAUUUAAGGAAUGAUGGUUGGGAGUCACUGUUACAGGAAGCCACAAAAUUCUGCAGUGAAAAUGAUAUCCCAGUACCAAAUAUGAAUGAAUCAGUGACAAGAUUUGGAAGAUCAAGAAAAGGGGGCAAGAACAAGAUCACUGCUGACCAUUAUUUUCGUGUUGAUACCUUCUAUGCUGCUAUAGAUGCUAUUACCAUAGAGUUUGAACAUCGGUUUAAUGAGGUAUCUUCAGAGUUGCUUGUUUGUUUUUCUUGUCUUGACCCGAGAGAUUCAUUCUCUAAAUUUGAUGUGCACAAGCUAGCUCGACUUACUGAGAUAUAUUCUGAUGAUUUCUCCUAUUCUGAAAAGAAGGGUAUAAAAGAUCAACUAGUGACAUUUAUUCUUCAUGUGAGAAGAAUUGAGGAGUUUAGAGAUUGUCAUGAUCUAGCAAUCCUAGCUGCAAAAAUAGUUGAACUUGAGAGACAUGCUCUUUUCCCAUCGGUCUAUCGUCUAAUUGAGUUGGCAUUUAUACUACCGGUAGCGACGGCAACAGUUGAAAGGGUCUUUUCAGCUAUGAAGAUUAUCAAAACAGAAUUGCGCAACAAGAUGUCUGACGCUUGGCUCAAUCACUUAAUGGUGUGCUAUAUUGAGCGAGAAAUAUUCAAAGGAAUUGAUCUUGAGAAGAUAAAAGAAACAUUUCAAAACAAGAAAGAUAGGCAAAUGCAAUUGCCUAAGAAGCCUAAGCAUAACUGAAGCUUCAUCGUCAUAUAUUCACAUGGUUAGUUGACUUUACAUGUAUUUUCUAUAAUUCUUUAUAUCCUAAAUGCUUGUACUUUGUGCUUGACUAUUAUUAUGUCUAGUGAACCGUUAUCGACCUUGCCCUACCUUAAUUUUUUUUCGUCCUCCGCCACUGGUCGCAAUCUUGGUACGAUCAGGAGAAGCUGGGCACGACGCACGCCAGGAGCUUGUUCUUGUCGGUGCUUCAUGCUUACGCGCUGCACAGGCGGACAGAAUCACAGAACUGAUGGUGUUCAACAGUGUUGUGUGAAUGACACGUUCCGGAACCAUGACACGCUAUGACGCCUGCCUAUAUUCCGUGUCUGCCGGCAAAAAAGGAGAAAAAGAUUUGACUGAUUGGUUCAUCGCAUAUAGUCCAGAGGCCCAAACUGUGCGAUUGCAAUUCCGUAGUCCAUGGGGGCCCAAAUAUCUGUGCGAUUGAUAGCCUUUAGUCCAGAGUGGCCCAAAAGUUGCGCAACUGUAGACUUGUCCAGCAUGGGGAACCGGACUUGAUUAAACGUGGGCUCAUUAGGCCUUUUUGAUAAGAACGUGGGCCUAACCACGGAAGAUGAGGCCCGAACAUUGCAACCCAAAGGCACCCUUGUCGAUUCAGUGACGCUUUCAAGUCAUACAGAGAUCUUUGCUCAAAAAAAAGAAAAAAAGUGACACACAGAUUUGGGUACUGGCCCUCGUUUGCACGGAUGUUGGCAUGUUACUCGCUCAAGACACGCCACGGACUGUUUAGUGAUACCGUGCUUUUCCCCGUGCAAUGGAGGGUAGAAAGUCUUUCAAUUUCUUCUUUACAUGUGUACAGAUGCGCACAUGUGUAUAUAUGGGUGCCGUGUGAGUAUAUGUGAAAUGUGUGGGUGGCGUGCAUUCAAGUUGUAUCUGAUAAAAAAAAUCCUUUAUUAUUUUUCUGAGUUUAAAGUU